AUGCAUACAGGUUACCGAGCUACCCUCCAUCGAGAUAUUCCCAAAUAUACAAAAGAUGCGGUCGGACCAAUGUUUGACAGAUUACUUCCGUUAUAUGAGGAAAAGAUUAAGUGUCGGUCGAAAGAGCGAGGGCAAUUAGCCCAACCGCUAGAAAUCCUCGAUUUCGAUUGGGCCUUGCAUCCCGGCGGAAGGGCGAUUAUAGAUGGCGCGGCGGAAGUGUUGCAUUUAUCUGAGGAUCAACUGCGCGCAAGUCGGGAGAUAUACCGCACGCGUGGAAAUUCGUCUAGUGCUUCGGUUUUGAUUGUCUUGGAUCGACUCCGGUCAGAGAGUCAAAAGGCGCAUAUCGCUGCCGCCUCCUUUGGUCCCGGCCUGACAAUUGAAAUGGCACUGCUGAAGAGGUGUUAA